AUGGCGACCAGUCGAAUAAACCCGAAUCGCCCUUCCAUCGACCUCCCCCCCUCCCACUCCCAAAACAACUCGCGCUCAACCUCACUUGAAAGAAUCCCUGGCUCCAUCUACCAACAACUCGACCCUCUCCUCAGCAAUCUCUCUCCCGAAUCAACUCUUCAAGCCCUCACAUCGACCGAUGCCGUCCCUUCAAAUGAACAAGCCGCCCAUGAUAUUCUCUCACGAAGCAUCUCUCAGGUGUCGCCGUCGGAACGCGCCCUAGGGAUACGCGCGGCGGUAGCUGCCCAAAACUUGAAUCUGUGGUACAAAGAGGUCCAAUCAUGGGAUUGGCCAAAUCAACGCGACGCCAAGGUUGGGAUUGGCUUUAUUCCUCCAUCCGAAUCGCACUCUGAGCAAAAUCCCAUCCCUUCGGGGCUCUUGGCCCCUCCUAGCAACACCCAGGCAAGCUACUAUGGGAGCUUGUUAGCCAACGUGGUCGAGCGAUAUGAGAGGAGAGCCGAUGAAAUCCGGGAUGGAAUGGACGAUCUUAACGUGGAAGAAUUAAAGGAACACGUUUUAAACGCCCACAUUCCAUCUAGGUCUCGGCCCUCGUCCGCCACAAGCUGCGUAUCCGUACCUCCGCCGCUCAGCUAUGUACAGCUGAGCGACUUCACAGCCGUCAUCACCGCGACCAUCUUGCGAGCUCUCCCAUACCUAUCGCGACUGACCGCCCUACUCACCACUUGGGAAGUUCGCAUUUUUGUCCUACGCCAAAUUCCUGGUCUGUUGAGAGAGCUGAGCUUGACCCGCUCCGCCCUUGACUCCUCCCUCCAAGCCUUACGAACCCCACAUUCUAGUGCCUCCGACCCGAGCAAAUCCUCCGAUGCAUCCCUAGCUGUCGAUCAUGUUAAACUUGAGUCCGCAGUCGUGGCUGUCGGGAGGCGGAUGGAUCGAGUUCUCGACGCGUUGGAGGGUCGUCCAGAUUCUUUGCCCGAAAAAUGGAUUGAUGACUUAGAAGCCAUUGAGUCCGACUUUGCCGUAUGGGUGGUGGAGGCUGAUAAAUACAAGGUUCGCAACGCGUGGUUGCGGUCAAAAGCCGAGUCUGAAAUGGCUGAGAUGCGCGCAGCCGACCUCCAGCGCGCAGAGUCAUUGAAGGAAACACGGCAGGACCUAAUAUCCGAUACAGCUGUAUCGGAACCUUCAGAUGAUCUCCCUUCUAAUCAGGAGCACGCCAUCGAACAUGAGCCUGAACUUCAGUGUGCCCUUGAACUCCCGUCCGGUGACUCAAGGCCAACUGGCCCACAACUUGUUGAACAAUCAACGAUGCCUCUUGAACAGACGCCACUUCCUGCAGACUGCGUGGAAGGGGACGCCUCACCAAACCUACGACUCUUGACAUCUCUAUCGAAGUCUCCAAUCGAAGAGAAGCAGGAAGAUCUCACACCUGUGGUCGUGGCAGAGGACCUAGACACACCAACACAGUCCCAUUUCCCACCAGCUCCUACGAUUGGUCGAGAGCCCUUUCCAGCUCUUGCACAUACGCCUUGUGCAAUUGAUCGCACGUUGGAAAACAAAGAAAACAUUCCUCCGCCCGGGUUCCAACAGCUCGAUGGACCUGUGUCAUCUCCCACCCAAGCUUCGACCAGACCAAGUCCAUUGUCCGAGCGUAGUGAUCUGGCCGAGGAUUCUUUCGUUCAAGAAUCCACUGUACCUGAAAAGGAGGUCCAACUUCCUGAGGUUGUCGUUUCUGCUAGUGUAUCCGCCGCAGAAGAGCUGAAUGCUUUUGCUGAUAGCAAAGACGCACCUCAUGAUACUGUGGCUGAUGAAAAACACAAUAACUCAGACGAGGAGGAAAAACAAGCUUCUCCGCACACCAAAUCAACUGUGCUUACGCCUGAGCCUAAGAGCAUCAGUUCUCCUGCUGCCCAAGGUCCUGAAUUCCUGAGUGGGCCAAGGGAACAGAACCAGUGUGAUACGCCGGCAUCAGCAACUAUUUCUCCUGUUCUCACGCCAAACAGGUCGGAAAUCCGAGUCCCAAAAUCGAGACCGUCUGGCAGGGCCUCCCAAAUACCCAUGGCUGUGGCAUCGCCCAAGUCAAUCUCGAAUCGUACCCCCAUCAAGUCUCACCCUCCACAGAAUGAAGGGAAAGCAGAACCUUGUCAACGGACUGUUCGCAAGCCGUUACAGAGUCCCAUUAAACUUUCCAAAUUCCGCCCGGGGAAGCCUGAUCUCGACAAAGAUGGUACAGUGGUACAUAAUAUUACGCAUCGUCGUCGGACAUCUACAGGAUCUGUUGGCUCCUUGCUUUCGGACCAUUCUUCCCUCAUAUCCAGCCCCGAGGUACCUGAGCCGCGCACUGAUUCCUCUAAUGUAACGCCCAUUGGGACAUCAUCUCACCCGGGAUCCAUACACCCUCCUUCGCAUGGGGACUAUACCCUGAGAGAGGAUCGUCUGCGUCGUUUGGAAAACCAGAAGCCUGAUCUGCGAAUCUCUUUCCAACAAAGUCGCACAGUCAGCCUACCCCUCGAGCGGUUCAUCAACGAACGCCUGGGGUUGGGCCUAGGGAGCGAGUCGGCGCCAGGUGUGGCUAGUGUGAAACCGUCUAGGACUAGGACACGCUCUGUUACAUCUGCCGACUUCCCCAACCCCCCAAAGACAAGAAGCAAAAUUACAUUCCAGGAUACUUCUGCUGCAUCCAUUCCACCGGUUCCACGUCUUCCUACUGGCCGUCACCAACUGUCCCGUGGAAAGUCUACAAGUGACUUGAACUCUCAAAAUGAGAUGGCAAAAAUUGCGGAAGGAAACAAAAAGACAUUUGGAAUGAAUUCUGCUCGAAGAGCCAUGGAGCAUCUUCUUCAGCCCAAGUCUGUCCGAUGGCGGCAACGACUGACUGCCCAUCCUAGUCUCGAAAGUCUGGGUGUGAAGAGGCAAGAGCUGUCAUAUGUAGAGGAGCAUGAAUCUGAGCUCACUGACUUCGGUUUCCGCCCUUCUUCGCCAACCAAACACAGCAAGCAACCGCGGGACCAGCUCGAUGAAAAGAUUAACUCCAUUCUCAACUCGUUGCCUGGUCAUAUCCAUAUGGUCGACUCGAACCACGAAGGAGACACAUCCUCAUCAUCGUCAUCGUUGGACCGACGAGUGCGGUACAGAUCCGAAUCCCCCACUGGCUUGGCUCGCAGCAACACUCCUGCACCUUCUCUGACGCUGAUGCCCGCUUCCCGGAGACGGCACUCUCAUGCCUACAAAACAGAGGAUAGCUGUGUCAAGCUCUAUCACCUCCAUCACGGGGGCCAGUCCGCACCGACCAAACUCUUCGUUCGCACCGUUGGAGAAGAAGGGCAGCGAGUGAUGGUUCGUGUUGGCGGUGGAUGGGCUGACCUUGGCGAAUACCUUCGCGAAUAUGUUAUUCAUCACGGUCGCCGCAAGGUUUCUGAAACUCCUCGUGUGGAGGUGCAGGGUAUAAAAACACGUUCAUCGCCGUCUUACACUUCUCCGGGCACUAUGUUGACCCCAGCUACGUCAUAUCUUGCCUCUGGCCGGGCAACCCCCUCCCGUCCACCAUCCGUGCUCAGUGCCCGGCCCCCUUCAUCCCUUACCGUUCACAAGAAACGACGAGCCUCAACCGCAUCUGAUGUAAUGGGCAGUAGGGCAGUAACAACAGGCCACAUAUCCUCCUCCACCUCAUCCCCACCUACCAUUGCCCCUCUCCCCUCCUCGACCGGCAGACGCCUUUCAGUGUCUUCGGGCUAUUCAGUCGGCGAUGCUCACUCCCCCAACAACACCGCUACUACCUCCACGACCAACGAAUCCCGUUCCACCCCAUUGGGAUUAGCUGGUCCCAAACCACGUGCUCGGUACGAAUCCAUGAGCCCAGAGGGUGAAGCCUGGGUUGCAGAUGUCCUCCAAAAGACCCGCCGCUCCAGUUCCCAUAACCCACCCCAGUUCGCACUCAGUAUGCCGCCCAACCACGAUUCCGAUGACCGAUUUGAGAUUGGUGACGGCAGUGUGGUUGGACACUUUUUACCCAAAGUCCGCAGCGUUGGCGACAUUGGAUCUAUCGGCACAAGCAGGCGUGUCGUGCUGAAAGGUCUUGGGUCUCGCAGGCCGUGA